GAAGAGCCCUGCUCUUCCGGCGGCUUUGCGGAUGUAUGGAGAGGCAUGCACAACGGAGUUCCGGCUUUCUGCAAGGAGGCCGUCUUCUGGAAGCGUCUCGUUCACGAGAACAUCGUGCCCUUCCUCAGCGUGUCCCCGCGGCACCACUUGUUCAUCGUGUCGGAAUGGAUGGAACAUGGAGACAUCAUGUCGUAUCUGGACUAUUUCCCCCGGGCCGACCGCAGGCAGCCCAUGAUCGACGUCGCGAGCGGUUUGGACUAUAUGCACUCGAACGGCGUGGUACACGGCGAUCUGAAAGGCGUAAGCAGC